CAUUGUCAUUGCACCAAAACCCAAAGCCAUGGCAACUCUAUCUCCUACGGCACCACCAGCCACCACAACCUCCUCUUCCUCUUCAAUCUCCACCAAUUCCUUAUUCCAUAACAAAUCCCAAAUCUCACUUUUUAAUGGAAAACAAAAGCACUGCAAAUUUGCACAUAGAGUUUCAUGCAAAUCAGCAAGUGGUGAUCAAAACCAUACCACUAGCUCCAAUGACGACCAAUCAUCUCCUCUAGCAAAAUUUGACAGGAGAAAUGUGCUCCUUGGUCUGGGAGGGCUAUAUGGUGUGGCGGGGCUGGGCUCCGACCCCUUUGCCUUCGCCACGCCUGUGUCGCCGGACCUAUCUCAUUGUGGCGCGGCCGACCUGCCGGCCGGUGCAAAACCAACCAAUUGUUGCCCACCAACAUCCUCAAAGAUCAUAGAUUUCAAGCUACUUUCUCCAACCAACCAGUUUCGCGUCCGGCCAGCAGCUCAUGCGGUUGACGAUGAAUAUAUUGCUAAGUUCUCCAGAGCCCUUCAGCUCAUGAAAGCUCUUCCCGAUAGCGACCCACGUAGUUUCAAGCAACAAGCUAACGUCCAUUGUGCUUAUUGCGAUGGUGCUUACCACCAAGUUGGCUUCCCAAAUCUUGACGUCCAAGUUCACAAUUCUUGGCUUUUCUUUCCCUUCCACAGAUUUUACUUAUAUUUCUUUGAGAAAAUCCUAGGCAAGCUUAUCGGCGACCCCAAUUUCGCCAUGCCGUUCUGGAAUUGGGACUCUCCGGCCGGCAUGCAAAUGCCGGCCAUUUACGCCGACCCGAAGUCACCGCUCUAUGACCAGCUGAGAAACGCCAAUCACCAGCCGCCGACGCUCCUCGACCUCGACUACAAUGGCCGCGAUGUUCCAACGUCAAAUCAAGAUCAGUUUUCCAGCAAUCUCACUAUCAUGUAUCGCCAGAUGGUUUCCAACGGCAAGAGUGCGAGUCUAUUCUUCGGAAGGCCUUAUCGUGCCGGCGAUGAUACCGAUCCCGGUGGCGGUGCUGUGGAGAACAUUCCGCACGGUCCAGUCCACGUUUGGUGCGGUGACAAUACGCAGCCUAAUUUGGAAAACAUGGGAAACUUCUACUCCGCCGGAAGAGAUCCAAUAUUUUACGCGCACCAUUCCAAUAUCGAUCGCAUGUGGACGAUAUGGAAAACAUUGGGAGGAAGAAGGACAGAUAUUACCGAUCCAGAUUGGCUAAAUGCAAGCUUUCUGUUCUACGAUGAGAAUGCACAGCUUGUUCGUGUUAAAGUCCGAGAUUGUCUCGACGAGAAAAAGCUCGGCUAUGUCUAUCAAGAUGUUGAUAUUCCAUGGUUGAACUCAAAACCAACGCCUCGAAAAACAAACUUAAGCAGGAGCAUAGGGAGGGUUGUGAAGUCUUUGGGUGUAGCGAAUGCCGCUGACACGAAGCUAACGCCGAAAUCCGAUUUUCCGUUGAUAUUGGAUUCGGUGAUAAAGACUGCGGUGGCUAGGCCGAAGAAGUCGAGGAGCAAGAAGGAAAAGGAAGACGAAGAGGAGGUUUUGGUGAUCGACAACAUCGAGUUCGACCGAGACGUGGCUGUGAAAUUCGAUGUUUAUGUGAAUGAUGAGGAUGAUCUGCCUAGCGGGCCGGGCAAAUCGGAGUUUGCCGGAAGCUUUGUGAGCGUUCCUCACAAGCACAAGCACAAGAAGAAGUUGAACACUUGCCUGAGUUUAGGGUUGACGGACUUGUUGGAGGAUUUGGAUGCCGACGACGAUGAUACGGUGAUUAUCACUUUGAUUCCCAGGUUCGGGAAGGGCCAUGUCAAGAUUGGUGGGAUCAAAAUUGAGUUUGCUUAAUUCUUUGGAAUCAUAUAUCGUACAUCGAUUCAAGCUUGGUAGCCAUUGUUUUAGUUUUUUUCCGAACUUGUUUUACUCCUUUUCUUCUUGUACAAAUAAGUGUUUCUGCCCCUUGUGCCGUGGCAGGGCCUCCAAUCUAUUGCAAUCCCGCUACUUGAAGUUGUUA